AUGAUGGAAACGUUGGCGGUGGCUUAUGGAGGCACUGUGGAAGUCCAGGCUACGACCAUCAACAACCUUAAUCGAAGAUACGAGCAUUUCUUUGCUCAACAAUGUGAGUCUCUUUCUCAAACCUACAAUAGGUUUAAUUAUUUGGUCAAUGAUAUGCGCAGGUUAGGAAUCAUUAGGCACUCAUCACAGUUGGUUCUAAAUUUUCUCGAUUCUCUUGGGAAGAGCUGGGAACAUCACGUUCAUGUUCUUAAGAUUGGUGAGAAGAUCGAUUCCAUGGAUUUGAAUUCGUUGUUCGGUAAUCUACGAAAUUAUGAAGAGACCAAAGCUCUUCGUAAGGAAAUCAUGAAGGACUCAGACAAGGAAAAGUUUGUUGCCCUGAUGUCUCGAAAGGAAACAAUAAAGCACAUCAGUGAAUCAGAAAAUUCAGAUCAGUGCAAACAAAGUGAUGAAGAUCUCACCAAUGAGCUUCUUGCCAGCGUUGCACUUAUUGUCAAGCCUUAUAAAGAAAGCAGAGCAAAUAGGGUUAGAAGAGCUCAGUUCAAGGGAAGUAACUCAGUGAAAAGAUCCACCUCAUAG